AUGACAUUUUUAUCAUUAAAUAACUGCUUGUAUAGGGUCUUUUCCGCAAGAAGCACUCAAAAGAUAGGUAGCAGGGCCUUGAUAUUAAAUCAAUUAGUACACAAUAAUUUAUCGUGUAAACCAUACUCUCAGCAAGUGAAUCACAAUGUCAAAACUCCCACGGUUAAAGAUUCGAUUCAAGUUGAUACAACAGUAUUAGAAUUACAAGAAAGAAAUAAAAAAAUCGAAUUUAAUUGCGAUAAAUACUAUCCAUCCAUGACCGAACUUCAAAAAUAUGAUAUGUUCAAAGUGGAAAGAAUUACUUUGUAUGAAUUUAGAAACAAAUUUGGAAACAUGACGGAUACUGAAUUAAAAGAAUUCAAUGAGUCAGUUCAAUUGGUGUAUGGCCGCAUUCGAAACAUUAGAUCAAGUGGGAAAAAAAUUUGGUUUCUUGAUAUUGAUGACCAUUCUCACAUAUCAGGUUACAAAGACCAAUCAUCCCAAUUGCAAGUUAUUGUUAAUUUUAAAUCAAUAAAUUUGGGAAACAGCGAAGUAACAUUAUCCCAAUUCGAGUCUCAUAUGAGUCAAUUAAGAAAAAAUGAUUAUAUUCAGUGUUUUGGUAUACCGAGGUUAUCCCAAUCACGAAACCGUAAUUUAUCAUUAUCUGUUCAAAUGCUACCUAGAAUAGUAUCACCUAUUCAAAGCCCUUUACCGUCAGGCUUAUCAGAGGUGCAGAAGAGAAAUAACAAUAGAGUCGUUGACUAUCAAGUGAACGGUAUUUAUCCAUUAAUUCAGAGAGCUGUCAUCAUCCGUCUGAUAAGAAACUUUUAUCAGGACAUCAAUGGGUUUGUCGAAGUGGAAACACCAUUAUUAUCGUCAAAAGCCAAUGGUGCAUCUGCUAGACCAUUUAAAGUUCAAUUUAAAGAUGGUCAUAAUUUAGAAUUAAGGAUUGCUCCCGAAUUAUGGUUGAAAAGGCUUAUUAUCAGUGGGAUGCCCAAAAUAUUCGAAAUUGGGAAAAUGUUUAGAAAUGAGGGGAUCGAUGCCUCACAUAAUCCAGAAUUUACUAUGUUAGAAUCUUAUCAAACUUAUGCUACAAUGGAAGAUCUGAUUGAGUUAGCAGAAUCUCUAUUCAAAUAUGUACUUUGUAACAUAACCUGGGAGAAUGACACAAUCAAGGAGUUAAGAAAUAUUUUAAGCUCUAAUAACUGGCGUUUUAAAAGAAUAGAAUUUCUGCCUACACUAUCUAAAGAAUUAGGUGUUUGUAUGGACGGUGUCAAUUUAGAAGAUUCGUUAGAAUUAAUUACGUUGAUACCUGAAGACGUAAAGAGAAAACUUAAUUUGCAAGGAAACAUGUCCUCAAGUCAAAUCUUAGAUAAAUUAUCAAGCCACUACUUAGAAGAUAGAAUUUGCAGUACAAUACACCCAACAAUAAUCUAUCAUCAUCCCUUGGCAAUGUCACCUUUGGCCAAAAGUGUGCCAUUUAAACCAAGAAUUACUCAAAGGUUUGAAAUGUUUAUUAAGGGGAAGGAAUAUAUUAAUGCUUAUGAGGAAGAGAAUUGUCCACAGGUUCAAUUAAACAACUUUUUGAAACAACAAAAGGAUAAGAAUAAUAAGAUGAACAACGUACACAUUUCCACUAUAUCCAGUGGCAUUAAAGAUAACAUUAAUAACGAAUCCAUGCCUGUAGAUUAUAAAUAUGUUGAAGUCAUGCGUUCGGGGAUGCCACCAACAGGCGGUUUGGGGCUCGGUGUAGAUAGAUUGUGCAUGUUGUUAAUGGAAAAGCCAAGAAUUGAACAAGUGUUACCUUUUGGAUCGCUUGACGAUGUAAACAGACAGUAG